GGGGCUUAGCCAGUGGCCCCGCCCACAGGCUCCAGAGCGCGUCGAGGACGGUGCUGUUCUCCAGUGGAGGAGAAACUGCUGCGAAGAGGCUCGCGGGGAGGAGCGAGCCGGUGAGCAUUAAAAACACGUCGUUUUGGGGGAACUUUUGGGAGCCAAACGAGCGAAGAAGAUGGCAUCAGUGAGUGACCCCCGGCAGCAGACGCAGGCACAGAAGGAUGCGGCGGAUCAGAAUUUUGACUACAUGUUUAAACUCCUUAUUAUUGGCAACAGCAGUGUGGGGAAGACCAGCUUCCUGUUCCGAUAUGCAGACGACUCCUUUACCUCAGCGUUUGUCAGCACCGUGGGCAUCGACUUCAAAGUCAAAACCGUCUACCGCAACGAGAAACGCGUCAAACUCCAGAUCUGGGACACCGCAGGUCAGGAGAGAUAUCGCACCAUUACUACAGCCUAUUACAGAGGAGCAAUGGGCUUUCUACUGAUGUACGACAUCACAAAUCAGGAGUCAUUCUACGCUGUACAAGACUGGGCGACUCAGAUUAAGACGUACUCGUGGGACAACGCUCAGGUGAUUCUGGUGGGGAAUAAGUGUGAUCUGGAGGAUGACAGACUGGUGGCCACAGAAGAUGGACAGAGACUAGCUAAUGAGUUAGGGUUCCAGUUUUUCGAAGCGAGUGCUAAAGACAACAUCAACGUGAAGCAGGUGUUUGAACGACUGGUGGACGUCAUCUGUGACAAAAUGAAUGAGAGCAUGGAUGGAGAGCCCAGCCAACUGGCCAAUCACAAAGGCCCCAGCCUACAGGACACGCCCCCUGCUGGGCAGAGUGGCUGCUCAUGUUAAUGCUCGCAGGCCAAUGCACAGUCACAUAACACUGUUACUGGACCAUUCAUUACCAAACCCACAGAGAUAGACUACUGUUCAAAAGUUUAGAUUCAGUGAUUUUCCAUAAUGUCUUUUUUUCACAUUUUCUAGCAGAUAAUACAUUUACUACUGCUAAUAGUCCACAAAUUAGGUUUCACGUAAUUAGAAGACGGCUGUCAAAGCUAUAAAGAAAUGCUGAAUGUGUCCAGUUUGAGGAACAGAUCUGUAAAUGAUUCUAAAAUGAGACAGCUAUAUAACAUCUAGUCUUGUGGGGCCAGAGAUGAAAAUACACGUCUGAGGAAAACUUGUUAAACAUUUGUUGCUGGAUUGUGUCAGAAUUUGCCACUGACAAGGAUACACCCCCUCUAAAACACGCCCUCAUAUUUCUCUAGGCUGUGCUCUUUAAUAUCCAAUGUACAGCUGGUAGCACAAGCCAGACAAGCUACCUAGUGAAAUGCUCUCAUUGGCUAAUGGACUGUUUUUCCCUUGCAAAAUGUUCUGUUUAUUUUCACCUCAUGUAAUGUAAUGUUGUCUGAACACAGCUGGAUGCCUAAUUGGAUUUUUAUUCUUUUUUUCUGGGGUUACUUUUCAGCCAUGCUAAAUUAACCUUUAAUCCAAGGCUACAGGCCUGUUGUCCAUUAGACAAUGUGAUGAGCACACUAUCACCCUCUACAUUGAGAGGUGCCCUCUGCUCUCAUUUUACAGUGGCAGGUGAAGGUAGUGUUAGGAGUCUUGCCCAAGGACUCUUAUUGGUAUAGUGUAGGCUGCUUGUGAGAUCACAUCUGGCCCUAAAGGCUAGAAAGUAUAAAGAAUGAAUAGAUAAUAAAAUUAAUAUCAAGAAUGUUUCAGUGGUGAAAAAUCUCAAGUCAGAUAAGGUGGGAAAAAAAAAUCAAUUGUAAAAAGACAAUAUUGUAUUAUUUAACAUUUUUGUUUCCAAAAUAAUUGAAACAUUGAGUAAAAUAUCUAAAAAUACCUUUUUACCUUUUGGAAUCUAGUUAACUAUUAAUUUUCUAAAUUAUUACUGUAUAUAAUAAAAAUUAAUAUGGCAAGUGACUCCAAACUUCUGAACGGUAGUCUAUGUACACAUUAAACUUUGUCACACACACACACACACACACACACACACACACAAAAUAUACACUUGAUAUCUGAAAACAAACUGUUAUCAACCUUUCUGAGAUGACUUCCACAAUAUACUCCUCCUCCAGAAUUAACUUCUAAUUUCUUUAUCAACAUCCCAUUCUGUUCAGUCUGUUCACUUCAGCCUAAUUCCCUCACAGACUCAACACCAUGACCAGCCCUGUUUCAGUACUUUUUUAGCAUAAGCCCACUGACAAAUCUUCAAUCAGACCCAGAGUCGCAUAGAACCUACAAGCAGCCACUAUAAAGGCAGGUUGAGGAGGGAUCAGUGAAGGACUGUUUUUAGAUGAACGCAAGGCUAGCCUCAGUGAGCUAAUUAACUAGCAAGUUGUAAUGCAAACUGCUUUCUUCGGAAGUUGUACAUGUAACAUACAUUAACUUUGUGUCCAAUUGCUUUGUCUGAAGCUUCUCGUCUAAAAUGAGAACGCUUUUCAUUGCUUUUCUGUUCUGUUUUAUUGUAGCUGUGUAGGACUUGGCUUGGCAUGCUAGCAGAGUAAUGUAACAAAUACAGCAGUCGUGUAUAACAGAUGGGCUACUUUGCUACAAGAAGCCCAAACUUAAAUGUAGCAAAUCAGAUGUUAGUUUUGAAAUAUCAUGUAUGCCCUUAAAAAUAAAGGCCCUUAAGUGAUCCUAGCCAUGUGUGUUUUAGGUAAAACAGGUAUGGAACCUUCACGUUAUGAAGAAGGUUCUUUAAACUUUAAUUUGGUUCUUUCAAAAUUCAAAAAAGAGAAAAAAAGGGGGCGGUCGUGGGCUGGAGGUCAAGGAACCAUCCCUGUGACCGGAAAGUCGCCAGUUCGACCCCUCAGCUGAUGGUCCAUGACUGAACUGCCCUUGAGCAAGGCACCUAACCCCCAAUUGCUCCCUCGGCGCCAUGGAUAGGGCUGCCCACUGCUCCGGGCAAGUUUUUAACUUGCAUUUGCAAAUCUGUUUUUUCAGAAAUUAUUCUUUACAGAGCUACGCUUUGAAAGGUUCUUCAGGGAAACCAAAGUGGUUGUUCCAUGUUAUCGCUGUUUUGGCACCUUUUUUUCAAGAAAAUUUAAGUGUGUUCUGGCUUAUAAACAGCUUUGUCCAACGUUGUUUCUGGUUUAUACAGGAAAUGGUGUCAGAUCGCACUGAUUUCUGGGUAGAUUGGAAGUCUACAUUUAUGUUAACUCGAUCUUUUGCCGCACAGUCAUCUGAGCCAACACAGCCCUUAAAAUGGUGUUGAGUCUUCACCAGAGGGAAAACGGCGAGCGCAAGUUGAUAAGGCCAUGUUCAAAACAGUAUUGAAACAGAGUUGUUUUCCUCCUUGUCCCACUCAAAAUGACCCACAAUUGUGGAGUGGACUGACUUCUUUUAGCCUACAGCAACUAAAAAGUAGCUGAUUAGUAAUAAGGAGAAACAGGAUGCUAGAGAUUGUUCACUGAACAGGAACAGAUUGUUUUCAAUGUUUAAUGCCAAAGAUUCAACUGAACAGAUGCUACAGUUCACCGUAGGUUACUACUGUAUGAGUAUCAAAUCACACAACACUGACAGUGAAUGUAAGAAAUGAAUAAUGUGCUUUUUUCUUUUUUGGCCUUCUCCACAUGUCAAGUGGCUGUGCAUACACAACACUGCUAUGCCCCCUUGUGGACACUGACUGUAACUGCUGAACAUUUAUCUGCACAGGAGGCACCCAGUUUCAGCUUGUUAAGUUAACUGAUGAGCUCAGUUAGUUGUGUUGAAUUCGGAGUACUGUGCCAACGAUGGAGAAGGUCUUGUAUCUGCUUUGUGUGUAGUCUGUAUGGAAUUGUAUGUGAGCACUGGAGGCUAUUAUGAAAAGUUUACCAAGUACCAUUACCAUAUUUGUAAUCAUGGAGAAGUCUUCUACUCUGUACCAUUCACAAAGGGCUUUUUAGUACCAUUCAGCAGUUUCAUAUGAAGUGAGAUGCCAGUUCACUGUAACCUUGUAUUGUAGAUUGUUCUAACGUCAGAUAUGGUCUCUUAUUGGCUCCUUUCGAACAAGCAUUUAUUUUGGUUCAAUCUUGUACUUGCUGACACCAAACCUGGCCAACUUGCAUCAUAAAAGAAAUUAUAGUGCGCCUUUAAAACUGAGAUACGUGCAAUAUCUGAAAUCACAUGCAGUUGCUGAUGUGCCAUUGCAGGAAUGUUCAAUCGGGAGUUGUACUACCAAUAGAGACAAUGCUGAUCCUCACUACUGCAACAUAAAGUUUGUCUGAGGACUGUAACAGCCUCUGCUCUUCUAAGAAGGUUUCACGCUAGAACAUUGGAACAUUGUUGUGAGGAUUUGAUUGCAUACAGCCACAAUAGCAUUAGUGAGGUCAUAUUAAGAUAUUGGAGGAUUAGUUUUGAAUCAGACAAGCCCUUCCCAAAGGUAUGAAUGGAGCACCAUUACUCCAGAGAGUCAUACCUCAAAUCACAUGCAAUUGUUUAUGUACCACAGCAGUAACAUUCAGUAAAUAGUUGUACUACCAACAAAGGUGAUGCUGGUCCUCACUACUGCAAUGCAAAGUUUGUACAGUGAUUUCAUCCAAGGAAUACAUGAUUGUUUUUCAGUCUGAUCUCUGUCCACUCCAUCAGCAGCAUAGUGAGCAUUAGAACAGACAGAAAAGUUAAGGCAAUUAAAACUCUAUUUGCUUCAAAUGCCUGUCCAUGCCUGAAAACUCCCCGGAUGAUUUUCUGUGACAAGGUUUUCGGACCCCAUCACCACUCCAUCCCUCCCUCUUAAUCAGCCCCAACUGUCCUACCUCUACUCAUCAUAUGGGGUUGGCAAAAGUCACCUAGUUCUCCAGGUCAAGUUCUCAGAGAUCUCGCACUUCUUCUCAUACAGCCUUUUUCUCAUACUAUAAUGAAUUGUUGAAUGUGUGGUCCAAACUAAUAAAGAUCUCUUGUAAUAGAAGUCAGUGGACUGGUGCUGAAGCAAUAGCUUCUACUACAAGUGAGUCUUGAUGUAAUAACUGUCCAUGGAAAUCAGGUUUGCAGUAUAGAUGCAGCAGAUAAAGAUUAGUUUGAAAAACACUGGAGUAUUACUUCAAGAUUAAAGUUCAACUUUAUUUUUUAAGGAUUAAUCUUUGCCCACUUUUAUGCCUUUCAUUGUGUCGGGGAAGUGUGCAAGGAAACAUUCUGUGGUGAGAAGCAGUGUAUCCAAAGAUAGAUUCUUAAAGGGAAGGUAUUUAUUUGUGUAUGUAUUUACGUUGUAAAUGUAUAUGUACCUUAUCACAUCUGUUACAUUGUUUUUUCCUGACAUAUUAAGAAGUUCUAUUAGAUCUGUUUACUAUGAAAUGUACACAGAAACGAGUUACGUUUCUGAUAAACUUAGUACAGAUCUACAGAUGAAAAAUGUCCCAUGUAUUGGCUCAUUUCAUAACUCAUUAUUCACAGCCACAAUGCUGGUCUGCUUUAAGCUUUAACUCCUGAUCAAUGUAAUUUACUCUGUACACUAAAUGGACUGAACUCGCGGUCCAUCCGAAGAUAGAAAUACAGAUGACUUCAGUGUGAAUCUGUGGACAAACCAAAUAAAAU